AUGAGUGACCAGUGGCUGGUCGGGUUCGAGGAGGUCGAGGAGCUGGUCGACGAUGCGCUCGCCACCAUCCGAGAAAGGGACGGCUGCGCGUCUCUCGGAAACCGCGCCGAAGCCGCCAGGCUCACGGCGACGGUGAUGACGAAGGCCGUCACCCUCACCUCCAAGCUCGACACACUCGAGGAGGACCUUUCCCACGCGAUAGUGACGGAGCGUGAAUCUCGUCGUCGUGAGGGCAUGCUCAGGGAGCUUCGCGCGUGUUUCGAGGAUCUCCAAAUUCGAAUUGGCGGCCCAGGUUCCCCGGAACCGGUUGUGAUGCCGGUGGAGACGCGCGUGGACGUCGAGGAGGAGCUCGACAACCGCAGCAUCCUGCAGCUGCAGAGAAAUCUGAUGCGAGAGCAAGACGAGGAGCUCGAGGAGCUUUCGAGGGUGGUGACGAGCACCAAGCACAUCGGACUGGCGGUCGGAGAGGAGCUCGACCUUCACGCCAGACUGCUGGACGACCUGGAGGACGACGUGGAGAGGAGCGGGUCCAUGAUCCGGCGGGCACACGCACUCGCAAAGGCAGUGUACGAAAACUCUGGAGGCGGGUGUAAGUUCUUCCUUUUGUCCUCUGUUCUUGUGGCGGUGCUGGUCAGUCUCGUCAUCCUGAUCGAGAAGACGAAACACUGAGACGAAACACUGAGGAAGAGUCACGUGGUUGAGGGAGAAUUAGACGUGAACUAAAUAACUUAGUCUACUAGCUAGUACGAAGGUAGCGUACAAC